GCGCUCUCCUUCCUGUUGUUGAGGGAGAGAAAGAAAGAAAGAAGAGAUUCAAUAGCAAUAAACGGCGAGGAGGGAAGUGAAGUGUUUUAUCUCGUCUAGAUAUUCCGCUCGCGAGAAUAAUAUCAUCGAGGAGAAUCUCCGCGAUAUUGUUAUAACUGAAAUCUAUUAUUCGUUAUUAAUCGUGAUCGCUUCUUAUUACGCGAUGAUUUCGUCAUUGUUGUCGUCGUCGUCGUUCGUCAACGGAAAGAAGAAGAGGUACAUUGCGACGAGAUUUCCCCAUCGGACAUCCGGCUCGUGUACGGAUCUUCGCACCGCGGAGCGCUCUUAGAAUGCCACGUGCCGGCACCUAGAGAGAGAUCGAUCGGAGACCCCGCUCGAUCGCGCCAGUGAAACAAGACCAGCUCCCUUUCUCUUUCUUUCUCGCGAUAAUUCCUUGUCGAAGCAGCUGGACGUGGUCCCAAACUUCGUGGAAGAACGAUGAUCAUAGAAGUAAUCGGAAUUAACUGGAGUUAACCGCAUCAAGGAUAUCUAUCGAAGAGGAUUGAUCCUUCAAAGAUAUAUAUCGUGUAUAUUUAUUGGAGAACAAAUAAUUAAACAAAAUCCAUCCCUCACGCGCUCCGAUAAUAAGUAGCCGGCGUGAAACCGGCCACGAGACCGUGUCCCUGGCUAUGGGCAAGCUCUUAAUAAUCCCUCGAAGUGAUACUACUCGCGACAACGUCAGGGUGAACAGCGAAGAGGAGGAGAGAACGACGGCAACGGCGGCGAUUGUCGUCGGGUCCAGCGCGACGAGUGGCGCGAUCGCCGAUAGCGCUGCCGCCGAUCGCGAUCGUCGAUUCUUUAUCGCGUCGAUACUCGGCAACGGUCUGCCGAAGGGAAGGGAAUGCGCGCGCGAACACCCGAUCUCGGGGAUCGUUGAGGCGACGAGGACAACGAUCGGCAAUGUUGCCCGAAGUGAUCUCGUCGAGCGGAACAACAUUCUUGGAGCGGACGCGGAACGUUGGAGCGCCAGAAUUGCCGCCGACGAUCGUCGCACUUGUUGCGUCUCGAGCGUCGACGUCGCUUCGUAUUUCGCGCGCAGACGAGCCCGCGAUCGAGCGAUCCGCCGCGAUGAUAUCGCCAGACAUUCGUCAUUCAUCGAGCGGCGAAAUCGUCGACGAGCUGUCAGCUCCUCGCUAACUCGCGUCAGAUCUGUCAUUGCACCGAUCGAUGUCGCGGAAAUCGAGAAAAUACCGCGUAGUACAGUGGAUGAUAAUGUUACAAUCGGAUGUGAAGACCGAAAUCGAUUCUCCGUUCCGCUCGCCGGUACCACGGACCAAGUUUCCAUGUGUGAUGAAUGUAUCUUAUCCGACAGUAUCGUAAAUAAUGCGUCCGGACACGUCGGCGGAUCGCCGAGAAGCAUUCGAGAAUGUAUCGGCAUCGAUACGGAAAACAUUUUGCCCGAUAAUAAUAUCUGCAAUCCCGCUAGACUGAUCGCUCUCGUUAAAUCCUCGUGUAUUUUCGCCGAAGAGAUAAUACAUCGAAGAAAUACGUCGUCUUCAUCGCGAUUCCCGGCGAAAAUCGAUCGCGGCGGGCAAACCUGGCGGAUCAAGACGUAUUGGAGAUUGCCAAGGAUCGGUUUCGUUCUGCGAGCUUUUCUACUGGGACUACUCGUGAUGAGUUUGCUCUGCGACGUAGUGCUGACCGCACCGCCGUCGUCGUCGUCGUCGUCGUCGUCGUCGUCGUCGUCGUCGUCGUUAUCGGAUUUGGAGGUGAUGGACAUCUUUGAGGAUGGCAUCGAAGAGGAGGAGCUGACGAAAAACAAACUCGGCGAAGACGAGUUAGAGAUUAUCAGAAAGAGCAUUGUGCAAGGCCUCGGACUUCAGAGGAUACCUGAUCCUUCGAAGGCUAACGUGAGCCAGGCCGAGUACGAAAGAGCGCACAGAGAGUACCUGAAACGAGUGCAGCUGUCACACGACGGACAGGAGCCUAGAAGACGGCGGGAUCUCCAUGUAUUUCAAACCGCAGAGCAUCCGGGGAACAAAUCAAGCGUUAACUGGAGAGGAGGAAAUCACCGUCACUUCCUGUACUUUCCCGUCGCGGUUUCCGACGAUACCGAAGAUGUCACGGUCGAUCACGCGUCUCUGAGAUUCCUUCUUCAAGGCGAUCAUAGACGCCCGAGCAAUCUGGAGGUGCUGGUUUAUCUUUGCACGCCGAUCUCCCGGCGUCUUCUGUUGCGGCACAGAAUUUCUCAGCCGACGGACUCCCGAUGGCUGGAAUUGGAUUUCACCGAAGCGGCCGCUAGCUGGCUCGAACGAAACCUGGAUAACCAUGGUCUCGAGCUGGAAUUCCUCCAUGACGGCCGACCGACGCGGCGCGAUAUCUCUUAUACAACCUUGAACGUAUUCACCACGUUUGAAUCGGGUGGCAGAAGAAAGAGAUCCACCCCCGAGGAGCUGAUGCAACUGCAUAAGGGACGGCGUAGCAAGUGCAAGGGCGACAAUAACAAGAAGUGCUGCCGGCACGAACUGACGGUGAUGUUCAAGGACUUGGAAGGCUUCGAAUUCAUUGUGUAUCCGAAAGGCUUCGACGCCGGAUACUGCAAGGGCCGUUGCCCGCCCCGCUACAAUCCAGCGCAUCAUCAUGCACUAUUACAAAGCCUGUUAUGGAAAGAGGACCGGAAGAGGGUACCCAAGCCGUGCUGCGCACCCAGCAAGCUCGAUCAGCUGAUGAUCGUCUACUUUGACGAGAACGAUUCGACGCAACUGAAGGUAUCCUACUGGAAGAGCAUCCAGGUACUGGAAUGUGCCUGCUCGUGAGGAAGAGGAACAUCAGAAAAAGAGCGAAACAGUCUACCAUCUCUACUAGAGUCUACACUCUACCAUCGCCGAGGACUCACCAAAGAAUUGUCCGAAUUACGGUUCGGUGGUGCCACACGUGGUUGCAUAAAAAAAUGCAUGUGUGUAUACACACACACACACACACACAUACACAUACACAUAUACUAAUAAUCAUUAAUAAAGGCGAAAAUAUAAAUACAUUAUAAUCAUCUAAAUAAUUUUAGGAUUUUUGCGUAUCUCCGCAAUAAUAUCCGUUUAGAUUUCCAUUUUUUUUUUGUUCGUACAAUGAUCCGAGGCAUUACCGAACACGUCAGAUCCUGUAAUUCGUUUAGGGUCUCGCAUUGACUGUGAUACUAACGAUACUAUUUACUCAUCAUUAUAUUCCUUAUUACGCAACGGUCGCGUAUUUUAUAUCAUUAGGAUAGCUUUGCUAUAUUUGAAUUUGGUUGAAAAAAAAGAGUAAAACAAAUCGCUGUAACGAACUCUCAUUGCAUCAUUGCACACUCUAAUAUUGUCGACAGUUAUAGCGAUGACGACGACGGUGACUACGACUAUAAUAGUCACAUCAAUCCGUUUUUCAACCGGGAGAAUGUUCUUCUCCUCGUAUGAAACACCAUUACUGUAUAUCUGUAACACGUCUCUUUUUCUAUAUAUUAAUUUAUUACAAACACGCAGAUUUUUGUGCGAAAUAAUUUGUGGGUUAUAAGUCAAUAUCUAUUAACAUAAAAAAAAAAAAAAAUGUGACGGAAUUAAAAUUCUUCAUUCUACCAAAUCUAUUUUAUAUUGUAUAUCAAGGUUUUAUUAGUUCCUAUAUAGUAUUACGAAUAGAAUCUCGAGCAUCUUUUAAACCUUUAAAUUCUUCCACUAAUGCAACCUAACGAUUACAAAUAUAUAUGUUACAUUGUAAAAUUUCAAUAUGUUUUGUACGAAAUCUCCGAAUUAAUCGAUGACCGCCGUACAUACAUAAAUUAUAUGCAUGUGUAAGCAUUUUGAGCUCUCUAUCUGUGAAAUAAUAUUUAUUUUAACUAGAAAAUAUAACAUAUCAUGUAUAUCGAGCGCGUAAUAAAAUCGAUAACAAACAUUGUUAUUUACGCGUCAAUAUUAAAUUGCAUAACAUUUUUAUAAUACGUUUUAUCCGUAUGCACUAUUGUAAAUUAUAAUCUAAUUAACCACUAGCGGCGCCAUAUUAUCGUCAUUAUUCCUGUCUCUCUUAAUCGAUUAUCAGCAAAAUAUCUGAUGAUGGAAAUCUAUUAUAGCGCGAAGUCUUAAAUAUAUAUAAUCUAUAUCAAUUUCCAAUAAAACAUAUUUUUUUUUCUCUUUUAUUUUACAGGCAUUUAAAUAAAUUAUAAUUUUAUAAAAUGAUACAAAAUUAUAAUUAAUUUAAUAUUCUUGGCGAAAACCAUCAAAGGAAGCCAUUACUCUCCACAAUUUCCAAAAUUUUUAUUUAAUAUCUUAGUAUAAUUAAGUCUUAACAAAAGUAUAUGUAUAUAUAUAUGUAUAUAUUUUAUUGUAUACUCUAUUAUUUUAUUUUAUAUAGCUUUUUUAUAUUUAAAAUUAGAAUCGUGCAACGUGAAACUAUAAAAUCGACACUUCGAGUCGAGCGUUACAAUUUUAUGAAUAAAAAUGUAGCAUGAAAUUUACUAUCAGCGCGAAGGGUUAUCUCACCAAGAUAGCAAUAAAAUUUCAUUAAGCGCGAUGUUGCUUACCCCGUUCGAGUUCGAAGGUUACCUUGUAUGCAUUAUGCAACUAUACGCAUUCAUGCUAUGCCAGAUAGUCAUAAAAAUAUUCUUAAAUUGGAGAUAUUUGUUUAGCUGCCGUAAUAACUACCGAAAAAAGGAAAAUAAGCGAUCUCUUCAUCUUUCUCUUUUAACAAGCAUGCCAGCCGAAGUAUCUCAUGAGUUUUAUUUACAGAUUAUAACCGUAUUAUUGAUCAUAAAUUACAAAUCGGCUAGCAGAAAUAUCCAAAUGAGGAUGCAGUAUUUCAGGAGAUGAUACCUUCAAUCACUGUCUGUACUAAAAAUUAUUAUAUUUACACACAAACAUUUACUUUUAUGUAAAUAAAAAUGUAUAAUAUAAAAGAACUAAUAUGUAAAAUAUAACUAAUUUUAUCAUCUGUCCAUUUUGAGGAUUUUCUUUUACCAAAGAAUAAGUUUUUCGGCGUUUUAUUGCCAAUGAAACCAUCAGCUUAAGCCCUUAAGACUCUUUUUGGCUAUUUUCUUUUUCAAUACCUUGUUCUAUAUUCUUCAGUUUCAUUUUCAUUUGUAAUAUAAAUAUAUUAUUAUAUUUUUAUUUAUUGCAUAAUAAAUUAAUUGGCUCUUUGCUGUUUCAGUAAGUAAAUUGUAACAUCGAUAUUAACGUCAUGUACUUUCAUAAACUUUCGAUAUUCUCUAAUAUUUUUAGAACUUUACAAGAAGUUUAAAUAAUUAUUACAUUUUGUUAACAAUUAUUGUUACACAAUGUACUGCGACUUGUGUAUGCUAAAUCAUGAUUAUUUGUUCAAUGUAUUGAUCCUAAAAUUAAUGGACAUUAAGUAGAAAGUCUUGCAUCUCUCAA